UCCUUCUCCAGCUCCGGCGGAAUCUUUAUCGUCCACCUGAGCGUCAAUUCUCCUUCCAUCCUAAAUCCGCCCUUCAGCAGCCCUGUCCAGCAUGCCUGAUAAGCGCAAACCGUCUAUCUCAGCAUCGGGCGCCUCGCCCAAUGCGAAACGGUCUCGUGGAUCGCACGCUGCCGAGGAAGACGAGGAGGGAGCGCCGCAGGCGGUGACGCCGUACGAGCGCCCUCGUCACCAUCCCGUGUUCGGACAGAAGAGCGCCAUUCCAGGACUCGACAUCGCAGGCGACGACGAGUUAUUCUAUGGGCCGGCGGAAGAUGGAUUGGAAUAUCUGCGGAUGGUCCGAUCCGAAGCCAACUCCCUGCCGCUCCUCUUAGUUGCGCCACCAGUCGCAACCUCCAAUGCGGUGGCGACCAAAAAUACUAACCCCGGCGAUGACACGGCCAAAUCAGCAGAAUCAUCACAUACUCAAUCUGCCACCAGUGACGCUGCCGCCGCGGAAACAUCUACAAACACGACAACGAAUGCCACAACUACUACUCCCCUUCGGCCUUUCCCCCUCGAAGGAAUUUACCGAGACGGUGUCUACUUCGCCACCGCCAGCAACAAGAACAACAACAACUCCUCCACCCUCUCCGUCACGCCAUCCCAACCCUCAGACCCGGAGGUCCUACCCGCCCAAUCAACAUACUACACCCUCCUCCAUCACCGCUUCCUCCUCCUUCGCUCCAUUCUUAAAUGCACGCCCCCUUCGGACGCCAUCGCCGCCCUGGGCGACGACCACCCGAUUACCCUCCCGCUCCAAUCAUGGUAUGCGCGCCGCGUGUGGCGCCGGCUGCUGUUGGAGGUGGACCCACUGACGGUGCAGCUGGCGUGCAUGGAAAUGGAUUGCGUGCUGGGCGUGCUGGGGAUCCUGGGGCGGGUGUUGUCGGAGAACGUGCGUAGUGGGGAUGAGGCGAGGGUCAGGCGCAUCGCGGCGUGGGCUUGGGGGUUGCUGGGGCGGUGUCGGGAAGUUGGACAAUUGGGGACGGAGGAGGUUGGAGAGUUACGGGAUCUGGGGAAGAGAGCAGUUCGGGUGCUGGGGAAGAUAAGGGAAGAGGAAGAAGAAGGGAAUAAGGACGAUGCAGAGGAUGAGGGAGGGGAAAGGGAGGGGGAGGAUGGGGACAAUGGGAUUGAGGUUGAUUUGGAGAUGCGGGAUGCGGAUGGGGAUGCGGAUGCUGGAGCUGAGGCCGAUGCGCCGCAAGCUGAAGCUGAUGAGCUGGAAGCUGCCAAGGCACGGUUACAGGCGAAGAUUGACGGUGGAGAUGGAGCCGCUGAUGAGGCACAGAAUGAACAUACGGAUGAGCAGACUGGUGGUGCUUCGGAGGUGACGCUGCAGAUUCGCGCAAUGCUGGAUAUGAUUAUCACGAUUGUUGGGGAGUACUACGGCCAGCUCGACCUCUUGAAAGCACGUGAGCCCAGCAUGGCCCCCACCGUCGAAAUAGCGAUCCCAACAACGAGCAUCUCCACCACGUCCCCGCCCUUCACCAUCUACAACAUCACCCUCCGCCUCCCUCUCCGCUCCUUCACCAUCUCCAAACGUUACUCCGACUUCACGACCUUCCACACGACGCUCCUCAACCAAACCAACGCCGCGCCCCCGGCCCCUUUACCCCCAAAAUCCUGGCUCUCCUCCACCGUCAAGAACGCCACCCUCCGCGAAACCCGCCGCCAAGCCCUGGAAACCUACCUCCGCGCGAUCAACGAAGCCGACGACCCACGAUGGCGCAACUCGCCCGCUUGGCGCGCAUUCCUGAACCUCCCCAGCCUCGGCCCUAACUCCACGACUGCGACCUCCAACAACACCACGACCGCGCGACUCCACGCCGCCAUCACCGAACCCGGCAGCAUUACCACCACCAGCGUCAAUGGAGAAACCACGACGACGACCAUCACGGACCCAACCCUGUGGCUCGACUGCUUCCGCGACAUGAAAGGCCACCUACACGAUGCCCGGCUGCAUCUCACCAGACGGGACCAGGAGACGGCGCCGCAGCGCCAGCACGAGAGCUCAGCGCGGGCGAAGAGCAGCCUCGUGCGCGCCGGGUCGUUGAUCGGGGCGUUGGAAGCCGGGCUGAAGAACUUCUCCUCGGCUACUCCUAACUCUGGCUCUAUCACCAGCGAAAUGCCCCGGCUAGGCGACGGCGAGAUUCGUCGGCGGCGGGACCUGCUCAUCAACGCGCGGAAGGAGAAGGACGGGCUCGAGGAUCUGCUGAAUGCCAUGGCCGCUAAGAGCCGCAUCGAUAGCGCCGUCGCGUCCAUUCAGGAUAAGGAGGCGUUGAUGAAUGUGGCCUCCGCUAAUGCCAAGGGGAAAAGUAAGGCGGGCGGACGGUCGUCCGGCAGGGUGUUGGGCCGUGAGACGGAACGCACCCGCGAGCUGGAUAAUACCGGCGUGUUGCAGUUGCAGAAGCAGAUGAUGCAGGAUCAGGAUGUCGCUGUUGAGGACCUGAUGCGUAUCGUUCAUCGACAGAAGGAGCUCGGGGUCGCGAUUAAUAAUGAGUUGGUCGUGCAGAAUGAGUUGCUGAAGUUGACGGAUGAGGAUGCUACGCGGUUGGGUGAUAAGAUUGAUAUUGGGAAGAAGAGAAUCGGGCGGAUCUCUUGAUUGUGGGCUCGUUUAUAUAUUGUGAUAUGGUGGGAUGGGCUGGGAGAAUUCGGACCUUGCAAUUGACCUUUUGUUAGAGCCCUUGGCUUUUUUGAUGCACGCAUAUGGAUGGUUUUCUCACGUCAGUUUAGCGGAUUUGUUCUGUUAUCUUCAUUGUCGCCUACUGCAUAAUUCACCUCUAAGUGCUGAGCGAGC